GUUUGUUUGCUCAACAACAUCAUAGUUGUCGCUUCACUCACACGCUCAACAGAGUAGUUAUAACCGAACUGAAAUCCACUCUGAAGGAAGCUAAGUAGUUAUCAGUCUAGAGUUAUCCAACACCCGGUGAUCAUCGUUUACAGUUGUUGACUGUCUAUUAAAAUAGAUGCAUGUCUCGAAGUUAUGGAAAUAUGCCUAACUUUUAACAAGCAAGCAGGACUGCAUUACAUGUUUAGUUGUGCAUGCACUCAGUUUGCAAUGAACACACCUGGUCACUUCAUUACACAAUCUGCUUAGUGCUUACUCUGCAAAGUUUGUAAUAACCCCUGUAGAUCUGGCAGUAGCAUGGUGUGUUUGGGACCAUGGGACGCCCUGGAACAGUUGAGCAGUGAGGUCCCAUUGAUGGCAUCCCCCUACUCGUGUUACAUUACAUUCCACCAGACGCCCCAUAUACUGGGGGCCUUCUGGGGUGCACAUGCUCUGAGCUUACCCAACGUUCUCCACUCUCAGAAUAGUUCUAGGUCUGCCUUGUUUGUUGACUGGACGCCCAAAGCUUGUUUGCUUGUCUGUCUACUGCUGUCUGUUUGUUGACUUGUAUCUCAUCAUCAUACGAACAUAAGCUGAAGUCUUCGCAGAGGGACAAGGUCCGGCAGUUCAUGUCCUUCACGCAGGCUGGGGAGAAGACUGCUGCUUACUGCCUGACCCAGAAUGACUGGAAACUAGAGGUGGCCACAGACAACUAUUUCCAGAACCCAGACCUCUACUACAAGGAAUCAAUGAAAACCCCCGUGGAGAAGAAGAAGCUGGAACAGCUCUACAACCGCUACAAAGAUCCCCAGGAUGAGAAUAAGAUAGGCAUCGAUGGCAUCCAGCAGUUCUGCGAUGACCUCACCCUGGACCCGGCCAGCAUCAGCGUCUUGGUGGUGGCGUGGAAGUUCCGGGCCGCCACCCAGUGCGAGUUCAGCAAGAAGGAGUUCCUGGAUGGCAUGUCCGAACUGGGGUGCGACAGCCCAGAGAAGUUGAAGGCUCUUCUUCCCAGAUUAGAACAGGAGCUGAAAGACAGUGGCAAGUUCAAGGACUUCUACCAGUUCACAUUCAACUUCGCCAAGAACCCUGGACAGAAGGGUUUAGAUCUAGAGAUGGCUGUGGCCUACUGGAACCUGGUACUGACAGGCCGCUUUAAGUUCCUGGACCUCUGGAACAGGUUCUUAUUGGAACACCACAAACGGUCGAUUCCCAAAGACACAUGGAACCUACUCUUGGAUUUUGGCAACAUAAUCGCAGACGACAUGUCAAAUUACGACGAGGAGGGGGCGUGGCCAGUUCUCAUAGACGAUUUUGUGGAAUUCGCCCGGCCGAUCGUAACAGGAUCCAAACGCAAAACCCACUACUAACAACCCAGCUAUUGAAAAAGGGGCAGAACUUUGGUUCCUCUUCAUUGACUUUGUAGGAUAAAAAAUAAAAAUAAACUUUUUAAGAGGAAACAGAGAAACACUUGAAUCCGUGAUACUGCACAACUAUCAGGUAACCAACCUAUGAGGGAAGAGUGAGAGGAAAACACAGGAAGCAAGGCUUUAUUUCUAUCCUUGUUUGAUGGGAGUCGCCACGUGCACAUUGCCAGCUGGCAGUACAUGUCCCAGCCUGAGGGCCAGCCGGGAAGAGGCCUUGGGGAUAUCAGUGUUCCAGGCAACGCUCCCUUUGGAAUCUCAGUAUUCCGGAGAAAAGGAGAGAUGCCUCCCCUGGCACAGUCUCGCUCUCUCUCGCAGCUCUGAGAAUUCGGAUUUACAAGUGUCAAAAAAUGUGUGUGUUUGGGGUUGAUCCUUGUUAGUUAGCUUUGUGUGGCACGCAGGGCUCUGAGGGUACUGUUCAGAACAGGCCUUGUUUCUAACACAAACACUUUGGGACAGACCAAGCGGCUUGCAACGUUUGCUCACAACACCAGCGUCAACAAAACUGUUAGUUAUAUACUGUAUAUAUUAUACUGUCUUUCAAAACAGUAUGUACAGAGAAUAAUAUAAAUAAGUUACAUUUAUGAAUAUAAGAGAUUCAUCUUUUUGUGUAAAAAAAAAAAGAUCUGGUAUAUGAUGCCUCAAUAACAUUUGAUAGAAUUUUAGGUCUGGUGUGUACCAAGUCAUCAUUUUAUUUGAAUAUUUGGGUUCGAAAAAUGGCAACAUUCUGUGUUUUAGAAUCUUCUUUUGGUUCACUAUGUUAUAUUUGUUUUAAACAAAUACAUUUCAGCCAUUUUAAGUAAAUGGACCAUGCCUCUAAAUGUUUGUCCCAUUCGACAUGUGUAUAUUAGGGAAAGGCUGUUCAUUCUGGCCCGCAAAGACUGAAAUACUGUUCUCUUCCUAGUUGUUUUGGCGGUUUGGAUAAAACAAAUGUAAUGCAGUGUCUGCAGGCCAAUUAAUGACACUCAUUUGUCAAUUAAGUGUAGGCACAAAACACGAGCAUGACUGUGGACCGCAAUGACUGUGAAUUGUGCGCUUCUGCAUUACGUCAUUUCAACACCCCAAAAACAGAACCACCAAGCAGUCACUGGGGGGCACUGUUUGUCAUGCAUGUGUGUGCAAGAGGGAGCGCGUUGGACAGUGCUUACUUGUGUUGAAAAGGACCCUGCUGCCCAUCCAUUUUGGUAUUAAUGCAUUUGUGACACGCAUUACUUACACUUUGUUAUUCACUAAUCACACAGGUAUUGUUAGUUUGGAAAGGAAUAUUGAAUAAAGCAUGUUUUUAUCAGAAAUUAA